UUAUUCAGAUUACCAGGUUAUAAGUGAAAUAGUUUUUUGAGGGCAUUGUGAUUGCAAAACGACUAAGGUUUCAUUAGUUGGUCCAAUAGUAAAGAAAUGAAAAGCCUGGGCAGUUGAAGUUGACGGUAAAACGAAGACCAUCUUAAAAGGUUGGCAAAGAAAGUGAAUUUGCCAAAAAGAACAUGAACGAUAUGGCGGGCAGCUAGUCAGAUCAACAAAUAGCCCGAAAACCUGGCUGAAAUCAAAUGGAAAGAAAACAUUGAUUAACAAAUGGUUUGAUUUAAGCUUUAUCGAUAUCGGGGAAAUUCGUAAUAAGAGAAAACGGACAUAAAAUAUUUGCUGUUUCAAUUGCACGGGUUUUUAGGCGAAGUUAACUCUGAAAUUUGUCAUGGAAACGGUUAAAUAAAUGCACAAAUCAGACAAGAAAUCAAACACAUUUGAGUGCUUUUAGGAAGUUUAGGUGUUGGCUUGAAGAUUAGGAGCAUUUGGUUUAAGUAUUUGCUUUUGGAAUUGAAAUACUAGUUGCAUGCUUUCUCGUGGUAGCAGAAUACGAAGGUGAAAAACGACGACACAAACGUGGCAGUUGAUUUGCUGAGUUUCUCAGAGCCGUCAAAUAAUCAAUUGAUGAACAAAAGAUAAUCGCACAUUUAAGAGUGACUUUCUGUUGAACGUCAACGUCUAACAGGUUCUAGUAGGCUGAUAACUGAUUCGUGUAGCUGGUCCAGAAGAUUCUAUGUUUAGUAAAGUAAAGCCUUAUCGGAGAAGACAAGCGUCGGGAUCGUGCUUUGGGAGCGGCAGCUGAGUAUGGGUGAUAGCAUUCUAAGAGGGGAGUUUAACUUGCAUAGGGAGAACAAUUCCUCUAGUUAUGAACACAAAGUGCAUUUCACAUUUGCUGUAAUCACAGUCGCAAUCAACAUUGCAUCUUCGCUGGCGACAGUGGUGUUGAACAGCCUUCUCUUGCGCAUUCACAUCCGCAACCAGAAAUCACCAUCACGAAUUUUGAUUUGUAAUUUAACCGUGACUGACAUCCUGACUGGUCUUGUAGUUCAGCCGACAUACGUGGUCCAUAUCAUCCACGACAUGAAGGGGUCUAUAGACAGCACAGCAUUCCUAGUGUUCAGCUUCGCUGCGUACCUAGUCUGCGGCAUGUCGCUCGUGACCGCUGGUGGCAUGAGCGUCGAUCGAUUGCUCGCAACGGUCAAGCCGUUCGUGUACAAAAGCUAUGGAAAUCCGAAAAUUUUCGGCGCUAUUGUUGUGUUUAUUUGGGUACAAGGAGUCUGUUUUGUUUCCCUAUACACAGCAAAUGUUAUAAACAAUUCAUUAGCGCAGUUGGCUUUUACGCUUACGGUUGCGUUUGCAGUGAUAUCGUUCAUUGUUUCCUACGCAAUCAUAUUGAAAUCAAUACGUAGAAGAGAACGGCGGGUGACCAACUGCGGACCGCAAGGCCCAAACACAGUGCGAAGCAACCCACAAACCCGAAAGAAGAAAAUUACAGUGACAUUUGCAUUGAUGGUGAUCACAAUUUGCCUUAUGUAUUUGCCUAUGUUUAUUGUUAAAUUACUACUAUGGCGAGCCGAUUCAUCACAGUUAUUUGCUUUAAAUAUUGCAAAUCGCAUGGCAAAUACGGUCACAUUUUUGAACAGCCUUUUAAACCCUCUACUGUACCUCUACAACAACGUAACAGUAAGAAGACAAAUGAAGGAUAUGUGCAUCUCAAACUGUUUUCUGUUUCGUCAAGACCAGCCACGUCCACUUACAGGGGCAAAUGGUGGGCGAAGCAAUUUCAUUUUGGCCAGCUCGUUCUGAUCUUCAUGACUUUGAA